CCGGGCCGAGCCGGGCCGUGCGGGCCCGGGGCCGGCGCCAUGGCGUUGCCCGUGCUGUCCAGCUCGGCCGUGAAGUUCCGCCGGGUCCUGGCGCACUUCCCGCAGGAGCUCAGCCUGGCCUUCGCCUACGGCUCCGGGGUGUUCCGGCAGGCGGGGGCCUCGGCCGAGCAGGGCGAGACAAAUAUGCUGGACUUCGUGUUUGCUGUUGAUGAUGCUGUGACCUGGCAUAUGACAAACUUGUCAAAGAACAGGAGUCACUAUUCCUUCCUUAAAUUUUUUGGGCCCAAAAAGAUAAGUACUGUACAGAGAUAUGGAGCAGGAAUUUACUACAACACCUUAGUGCCAUGCAAUGACAGGAUGAUAAAAUAUGGAGUAAUUAGCACUGAUGCCCUGAUUGAGGAUUUGUUUCACUGGAAAACUCUCUAUGUGGCUGGGCGUCUACAGAAGCCGGUGAAAAUCCUGGCCCAGAAUGAGAACAGCAGGCUGCAAGCUGCUCUUGUCAGCAACCUGAAGAGUGCAGUGACAGCAGCCUUCCUCAUGUUGCCAGAGAGCUUCUCUGAAGAGGACCUUUACAUGCAGAUUGCAGGACUCUCCUACUCUGGUGAUUUCAGAAUGAUAAUAGGAGAAGACAAAUCCAAAGUGCAGAACAUAGUGAAGCCCAACGUUACCCAUUUCCAGAAGCUGUACAGUACCAUACUCCAGGACUGCCCUCAAGUGGUGUACAAGCACCAUCUGGGAAGGCUUGAGAUUGAUAAAAGUCCAGAAGGUCAAUUUACACAACUUAUGGCUUUGCCAAAGACCCUGCAACAAAAGAUUACUGCUCUGGUAAACCCUCCUGGAAAGAACAGAGAUGUGGAAGAAAUUUUACUGCAAGUUGCCCAUGACCCUGACUGUGGAUUUGUGGUGCAUCAAGGCAUUUCAGGAAUUGUGAGAUCCUCCAGUAUAGUGCAGAGUGCUAAAACCAUCCUGACAGCUGGGGCAAAGAAAUCUGUAACUUACAGUUUGAAGAAAUUAUAUAAGAUGGCAAAGGGAGGGUUAAAGAAGACCUCUUAAGUCUUUACAUACUGUGUAUGGGUAAAUAAAUGGUACUUUUUCUCUAAAUGUUUUGCAGAUGUGACUUUGCAUACUUGAGAUGAUUACAGUGUAUUUAAGAAGUCUGUUCUGAUGAUUUACAUGCCUAAUUUUCAUAAUGAAAUAGAAACUUUUUUAAUGGGAGGUUUGUUGGCAAUAAGGCAAAGGAAUUAUACUCUGUAAAUACUGGCACAAAUUUUCCUGUAUAUUUUGAAGAACCCUAAGUAUAAAAGAUUGAUUGUACAGAUGGAUUAAAACCCAAAAGUCACUCA